AUGUUCGCCAAGCUCACCUCUGCCUUCGCCGCGUUCGCAAUCCUUGCCGUCGCCACCGCGACUCCGCAGGCCGCGGGCUCGUGCUCGACCGGCACGCUCCAGUGCUGCAACUCUGUCGAGGCCGCGGGCAGCGCGGCUGUCGCGCCGAUCCUCGCGGCGCUCGGCGUCGUCGUUCAGGACCUGAACAUCCCCGUCGGCCUGUCCUGCUCGGGCGUCAACGGCGUCGGCGUCGGCGGCUCGGACAGUUGCUCCACCAACGCUGUGUGCUGCGACGAGAACAACUUCGGCGGUCUCCUCGCCAUCGGGUGCCUUCCUGCCAGCCUCUAA